AUGUCCCUCAUUCUUUUGUCACUUAUAGCGAUCCUUGGAUUCUUUGCCCUAUUUUAUGGCUUCCUCCUCCAAGUUAGGAGGCGCAUUAUGGGCUACCGGGACGCGCGCCUGCAAGCCGCAACGCGGUCGGGUAUGUCAUCUACCUCGGGUGGGAGCGGUGUGCGCUCGGGGAAGCGCAUGCUGAAGGUUGUCAUCGUGCAUAUGAGUUUGUUCAUCGGAGGGGCGGAGCGGCUGAUCGUAGAUGUCGCCCUAGCCUUAAAGUAUCAUCAGCGCAAGGUCCCUAUGGAGGUGGUUAUCGUGACGACGGAGCACCCCCGGGAGAGGUGCUUCAAGGAAACGAUAGAUGGCUCGUUGAAGGUGGAGGUGUGCGGCUCAUUUUUGCCCAGAAAACUUUUUGGGAAGGGUGUUGUGUUUUUCAGCACACUGCGUAUGUGGUAUGCUGGUUUGGUCGCCUGUUGGGUUCACCCCGACGUCGAUUGCUUUUUUGUGGACGACGCCGCUAACCUGGUGCCGCUGUUGCGGUUCUUGGCGUGCAACAUCCCCAUCAUCUUCUACUGCCACUUCCCCUCUCUGCUCUGCGAUUCCAACCGCGUUGUGGAUGAGGCGAUUUUCAGCGAGACAUCAUUGGAGGCCUCCACGGGAGGGGUGCCACCUGGGGCUCCCCAAUCGGCCGCGUUCUCCCCCUGGCAACGUUCGAGCGGAGACGGUGUUGCCGUGAAGAGGCUAUCCCUGUGUCACAAAAUAUACUGUGAUUUUUUUGACUGGGCUGAAGAAUGGUCGUUGAGGUGUGCGACGAGCAUCGUGUGCAAUUCAAAGUUUACGCGAAUGGUGACCCUGCGCGUCUUCCCCACGCUCGCCGGGAGGAUCGACGAGAGGGAUAUCUUUUACCCUCCUGUGGCACUGCCGGCGGCGGUUGGCGAGCUCAAGGGUGAUUCACCAGACCCCGAUAUCAUUGAUGUGUCUCUUGCGAAGAAGCUGGAGGAGCACACUGUUUUUUUCAGCAUCAAUCGCUACAACCCGAAGAAAAACAUUGGCCUCGCCUUGCAGGCCUUUGCUCUGCUUCUGAAAGACCCCUCCGAGCUGGAGGGGUGGGCGAAGCCCCCGCUUCUCGUCAUCGCCGGCGGUUACAACUCCGAUGCCGCGGCGGACGUCGCGUACAUGGACGAGCUUCAUCAGCUUGCGUUUGUGGAGCUGCGGCUUCCACGGGAUCGUGUGUUCUUCCUGUACAACAUCCGCGAUGAGGUGAAGUCGCUGCUGCUGCGGCAGAUGCGGGUGCUCCUGUACACCCCGUCGAACGAGCACUUCGGGAUCGGACCGCUGGAGGGGAUGGUGCUGGGGAAGCCCGUCAUCGCCGUGGCGCUGGGGGGUCCACUGGAGAGCAUCGGCACCGGCGACGACGCCGCUGGGGUGCUCUGCGCGCCGCAGCCGGAGGCCUUCGCCGCGGCGAUGCGGCGCCUCGGCGGCGACGACGAGCUCUGCCGCCAGCUGGGCGAGCGCGGCAAGCGGCGCGUGGCGGAAAUCUUCAGCAUGGAUGCCUUCGCUGAGCGGUUGGUGAGUCGGGUGCACGAUCUGUGUGCAAGGGAGCAUAAAAAAGCCGUGUGA